UUGUCAGCUUUCUUGAUGAUCAAAUGAUCUCCUUAUACAAUUGUUCGUAUUCUUUUUUCUUUUUGUCAACUUGUCCUAAACUUGUUCUCUCACUAGAUUCUCUUGCUAUAUAUGACGGUAGCCAUUCUCCACUGUGCUUCAUUGCAUUGAAGAGUUGAGGGAGUUCCAGUUUCCGUGGAACAUUUCUUGGUUUUAGGAGUGUUGGACAAAGAUGACUGCAGGGGUUGGAAUCUCUUUGUCUGAUGGGAAUCUCAAUGUUUUGGGAACAAAGAUCCUGUCUGAUGUUCAUGAGAAUAUUGUUUUGAGUCCUGCUUGUGGUGAUGCUAUGGUUAAUGGCGCAUUCAUUGGUGUGACAACAGAGAAGAGUGGUUGCCAUAAUGUUUUCCCUGUUGGAAAGCUUCAGGGAUUGAGAUUCAUGUGCACUUUCAGAUUCAAGUUAUGGUGGAUGACACAGAGGAUGGGUUCAUAUGGAAAAGAGAUUCCAUAUGAAACUCAGUUCUUGAUUGUUGAGGGGAAUGAUGGUUCACAUUUGGAAGAUGAACAUGAGAUUGGCCUGUCUUCUGUGUACACUGUGUUCUUGCCACUUGUCGAAGGUGCCUUUCGUGCUGUUCUUCAAGGGAAUGAAAAUGAUGAACUUGAGAUUUGCUUGGAAAGUGGUUGUCCUGCUGUUCAAAGAUUUCAAGGAACUCAUUUGGUUUUCAUGGCUGCUGGAAAUGAUCCAUUUGUUGUUAUUACUAGUGCAGUGAAGAUGGUCGAAAGACACUUGCAGACAUUUUCUCAUCGUGAAGAGAAGAAGAUGCCAGAUAUAUUAAACUGGUUUGGAUGGUGUACAUGGGAUGCAUUUUAUACCCAAGUUAGUGCAGAAGGAGUUCACCAAGGAUUGGAAAGCUUGGAGAAAGGUGGGAUUUUUGCAAAGUUUGUAAUUAUCGAUGACGGAUGGCAAACAGUUGAUAUGGAUGCCUCUGGAGUUGCCUAUGAAUCUGAUAGUGCAGCAAACUUUGCUAACAGACUCACAAAUAUCAAAGAAAAUCACAAGUUCCAGAAAAAUGGCAAAGAGGGUCACAGACAGGAAGAUCCAGCACUCGGUCUCGCAUAUAUUGUCUCAGAAAUCAAAGACAAACAUAAGUUAAAAUAUGUUUAUGUUUGGCACGCAAUCACUGGUUACUGGGGUGGAGUAAGGCCUGGAGUUACUGGAAUGGAACAUUAUGAAUCUAAGAUGACAUACCUUGUUUCAUCACCGGGAGUUAAAUCAAACGGACAUUGUGAUGUUUUCACUAACAUAGCAGCAAAUGGUGUUGGCCUUGUAAACCCAGAGAAAGUUUUUGACUUCUAUGAUGAACUUCACUCAUAUCUCUCAUCUGCUGGAAUAGAUGGCGUCAAAGUAGAUGCCCAAAGCAUUCUUGAGACUCUAGGUGCAGGCCAUGGCGGAAGAGUUCAACUUGCUAGAAAAUAUCACCAAGCUUUGGAAGCUUCAGUUGCUAAAAAUUUCCCGAAUAAUGGCAUUAUAUCAUGCAUGUGUCACAACACCGAUAGCUUGUACUGUUCGAAGAGGACUGCCAUUGUGAGGGCAUCAGAUGACUUCUUUCCAAGAGAUCCGGCAUCACACACAACCCAUAUUGCUUCUGUAGUUUACAAUACUGUUUUUCUUGGGGAGUUUAUGCAACCUGAUUGGGAUAUGUUCCAUAGCCUGCAUCCAAUGGCUGAAUACCACGGAGCUGCACGUGCAGUUGGUGGCUGUGCUAUUUAUGUUAGUGAUAAACCCGGGAACCAUGACUUUAAUUUGUUGAAGAAACUAGUGCUUCCUGAUGGAUCAAUAUUGAGAGCAAAACUUCCUGGGAGACCGACAAGGGACUGUCUAUUUGCUGAUCCUACUCAAGAUGGAAAGAGCUUAUUGAAGAUUUGGAAUUUAAAUGAUCGUUGUGGAGUCAUUGGUGUCUUCAAUUGUCAAGGAGCUGGAUGGUCUAUGUUAGCUAAGAAGAACUUGAUUCACAAUGACCAACUUGGCAUGAUAACAGGAGUUAUCCGCUCAAAAGAUGUUGAGUAUUUGUCAAGAGUUGCCGAUGAGGACUGGAAAGGCAAUGCUAUUGUAUACUCCCAUAUAGGAGGAGAACUAACUUAUCUUGCAAAGGAUGCGUCACUGCCUGUGACUCUAAAUUCUCGCGAAUAUGAAAUAUUCACUGUGGUUCCUAUUAAAGAGUUCUCCAAUGGAGCUUCCAUUGCACCAGUUGGCCUGAUCAAGAUGUUCAAUUCUGGUGGAGCUGUCAAAGAAGUGAGUUAUGAAACAGUAAAGAAAGGAGUGAUAGAAAUCAAAACCAGAGGACCUGGUACUUUUAUAGCUUAUUCGUCAAUAAAACCAAAAAAAAUCACAGUGGAUGCUGAGGAAGUGGAUUUUGUAUACAAAGAAGAGAGUGGUUUACUGACAUUUGAGCUGGGAAUUGGAGAGAAAGAGUUGCAGAAAUGGAGUGUUAGUGUAGAGUUGUGGUGAAGGUGUUACAAGUGAUGAAAUUCACAAUAAGCAAUACUCACAGGCAGGGAAUAGAUAAAGAGAAGUCAGUGAGUUUUGUAUAUGAAAACACAAAUUGAAUUGCAUUUCACAUUCACUACCA